AUUCCAACGGGUCCACUCCGCUGACUUCAGUAAAGAGCCGCUUGAACUCAAAACGGAUUCGAAAAUGGGGGCGAUGAAAGGCGGUGAAAUGGUUUACAUGAUAUACAGAGCUGUCACAUAUGGUCUAUCACCGCUGAUAAAUCUUCAUCUCCGGUGGCGCAAGUUCCGAGGCCUCGAGCAUCCUCUCCGGUGGCCGGAACGCCUUGGUCGACCGUCUCUCCCUCGGCCUCCUGGCUCCCUUAUCUGGUUCCACGCCGUUUCCCUAGGUGAAGGAAUGAGUGUGGUGCCUGUGAUUAAACGAUGUGUUGAACGAAGACCUGAUGUAACUGUUUUGAUGACGACAACUACAGCAUCUGCAUUUGAAGUACUAAAGACUUUGCUUCCUUGUGAUGUCAUAUAUCAGUUUGCUCCAGUUGAUACACCUGCUGCUGUGAAUGCUUUUCUUGAAUAUUGGAAGCCAUAUGCACUUGUGCUAGUGGAAAGUGAACUAUGGCCAAAUCUUGUUCUUACUGCCUCAGCAAAUGGUGUUAUGCUAACAUUAUUAAAUGCUCGAAUGUCAACAAAAUCCUUUAACAACUGGUCAACACCAGUAAUUCGUCUACUUACUUCAUUGAUGCUAUCCAAAUUUUCACUCAUAGUUCCAUUGAGCAAUAUUCAGGCAAUUAGUUUUCAACUGCUGCAAGCUCCACCUUCUAUCAUUAACUUCUCUGGUGACCUAAAACUUGGAACUGAAGUCAAUGUAAGUCAAAACAUGAGAAAUAUAGAAGAUCUACAGGAAAAAAUUACUGAUAGAUGUGUCUGGAUGGCUUCAUCAAUACAUAAGGGUGAAGAAGAAGUAAUGGUAUCAGUUCAUAGAGCUUUAAUGCAAAAGCACACCAGUAUUCUUGCCUUCAUUGUUCCUAGGCAUCCAGAUCUAGGGCAGGAGAUUGCUCUUGACUUGCAGAAAAAAGGGGUCCAUGUGGCGCUGAGGUCAUGUGGUGAUUCACUUACAUCUGAAACAAGUGUAUACGUGGUGGACACAUUAGGAGAAUUGAGGGAAUUUUACAGAUUUACCCCUAUAGCUGUAAUUGGAGGUUCUUUCUUGCCUGGCUUAACUGGCCAUAAUAUCUCCGAGGCUGCUGCUGUAGGCUGUGCUGUUUUAACUGGUCAACAUGUUGGUCAUUUCUCACAUAUGAUCAUGGCAAUGCAGAGGUUGAAUCCUUUAUCAGUAAUGCAGGUAGGUGGAGGUAUGGAGCUAGAAGAAAUUCUAGACAAGCUUCUCAGUGAUCCUCAACUUCUAGAAGCACAUCGCAUGGCUGCAAAACAGGCAUUUCGCACAAGGAUCUUGAACAACAAAUGUAUGUAUCCUCAUCUUAAGGAAAGUGGAUGCGUUUUCUUGAUGGGAAUGGCUUGAAUUGAGAUAGAAGUAGCUCCACAACAAAUGCCCUAUUACAGAUUGUAAAUAUCUCAAAAAGAAAUAUUGAAUACACAUGAACAUGGAAUUCGCCUUUUUAGAUGAAGGACUUGACAUGGACAAUUUGGACAAAAGACAAGAAAAGAACUAAUACAUAUAAUAUAUAUUUAUGGUGACAGGAUUAGAUUUUUGGGGUUGG